AUGCGACAUUCGGAUUAUCGUGGUUUGGAAAAAAAUGCUCAUGCAUUUGAUGAAGAAUAUGAAGGUUUAUCAGCUCGUUCUGUUGAUGAACAUAAUUACAGUUAUCCAUUUUCACCAAAUAGUAGUGGCGAAUUUAUGACUGAUACUUCUAAUAAACAAGAACAUUCAUUACUUGCAUUUGUGGCACCAAAAUCAAAGAAUAAAAAGAAAAGUAAAGAUACGUCCACUGUUAAUAAAGUCGUAGAAGAACCAUCUAAUUUUGAUGACAAAAUACCACAAACUAGAGGACGUGAUGCAGCACGUCCAUAUUCUGAUUUUCAAUUUGAAAUGGAACCAGAAGAUGAUUUAAGAAAACCACCAAAUCAAGCUACUACUAAUCGUUCAUCUCACCUUGACACAUUACCUGCUCGUAUAGCGACAUUAAAAAUAAGUGAAAGAAUUGAUCGAAGUGUUUCACCACAAAAACAAUCAAGAUCUACAUUGGAUUCUCCUAGUAUUACACCACGACAAGGUGUCUCACCAGUUGCAGCAUCACGUCGAACGGAAACUACGACACCAUCUGUUACUUCAACGUUAAAACGUCGUCCAUUAGCAGCUGAUCGUACAAAUACAUUAGAUGAUUAUAAAUUACGUCUUGAAGGACGUGAUCUAUUAAAUUUAGUUGUUGUUGGUCAUGUUGAUGCAGGAAAAUCUACAUUAAUGGGUCAUCUACUUGUUAAAUUAAAAGUUGUUGAUGAUCGUGCAAUGCAUAAAAAUAAAAGUGAAGCUGCUCGAUUAGGAAAAGAAAGCUUUUCAUAUGCUUUUGUUUUGGAUGAAUCAGAAGAAGAACGACAACGUGGUGUUACUAUGGAUAUUGCUCAAGCUCAAUUUAAAACUGACACUAAACUUGUUAAUGUUCUUGAUGCACCUGGACAUAAAGACUUUAUACCAAAUAUGAUAAAUGGAGCAGCUCAAGCUGAUGUUGCUAUACUUGUAGUUGAUAGUCGUCGUGGAGAAUUUGAAACCGGUUUUGAAUUUGGUGGACAAACACGUGAACAUGCUCUAUUAGUACGAUCACUUGGUGUAUCACAAUUAAUAUGUGCUGUUAAUAAAAUGGAUGCUAUAGAUUGGUCACAAGAACGAUUUGAAGAAAUUGUAAAAAAACUUUCAACUUUUCUUAAAUCAUCGGGUUAUAAAGAAUCUGAUAUUGUUUUUGUACCUGUUAGUGGUUGGACAGGAGAAAAUUUAAUAACACCAACUAAAUCACCAUUAUCUUGGUAUACUAAAGAAGCAAAUGCUCCAGAUACACUCAUUAAUGGUAUUAUACGUGGUAAAACAUUAAUUGAUCUAAUUGAUCGUCUUAAACCACCUGAACGACCAAUAGCAAAACCAUUUCGUCUCUGUAUAACAGAUGUAUUUCGUGCUACCGGUGUUGGUGCUGGAACUGUAUCUAUAGCUGGUCGUAUUGAUUGUGGUGGUAUUGAAGUGAAUGAUCGUGUUUUAUUACGACCAUCGAAUGAUCUAGUAACAAUAAAAACAAUUCAAAUUGAAAAUGCCAAUGUUCCAUCAGCAUUUGCUGGUGAUAGUAUUAUACUUCAUAUGCAAGGUGUUGAUCCAACACAUUUAUUUGUUGGUAAUGUUGUUUGUGAUCCUGAAUAUCCAAUACCGUGUGCAACAAGAAUUCAAGCACGUAUAAUUAUUUUUAAUAUUACAACACCAAUAUUACCUGGUACACCAGUUGUAUUUCAUUUUAAAUCUAUACAAGAACAAGGAAAAAUAAUAAGUUUAGUUGAAGAAUUAGAUCGUGUAACAGGGGAAUUGAAACGACAAAGACCACGAUUAUUAACGAAAAAUUCUAGUGGUGUUGUUGAAAUAGCAUUACAUAGACAAAUAUGCUGUGAAUUAUAUUCAAAUGUUAAAGAACUUGGACGUUUUAUGUUAAGGCAAAGUGGUUUGACAAUGGCAGCUGGAAUUAUAACGAAGAUUAUUGAAUAA